AUGUCCGAAUAUCCUGUGGAGUUAUGCACGGGCGAGGGGUGGCGGGGUGUGGGCGUAGCGCGCUCUCCCUCGCACGAAUCGGUGACCACGGACCUGUCCCUAUUCAGUGUCUCGUCGGCCGCGUCUGACGCUAGGGUGCUGAAGCUGUUGGCUUCGAAGGCCGGCCAGGGUCCAGAUCCUUCUCUGAGGGUGGCCAGCCCCAAUCCUGAAGGGAAAUCUAUAAGCCUCCGCCGCGGCUCCCCUGCAAUUCCCCUACAAGGGGACGCGUGCCGCGACCUGCUCGCCGGGUGCGCCGCCCUUUGCGCACAGCUGGGGCUUCGCAGGUCGUUCAGCGCUGGCGACGUGUCGGCCUCCGCCCCCGCCGCGCCUGUGAGAUGCGCGACCUCAGAAGUGGGUUUGUGCGCGGCGCUGGAGGCCCUCACGCUGAACGCGGCAUCAAGAUCCUGCAGCACUUGGGUGGCCGGUGGAUCCCAACUGCCGUCUCCCCAACGCGCCCAUCCGAUACCUUCGGUUCAGAAAACCCUGCCAACGGAUAAUAAAAGGGUUCGCCAGAGUUACAUAAAGCGCCGUUUGCUGACCACCUAUCGAGCGCUGGAAAGAGUCUCGCAGUCCGAGUUUAACUUGGACAAGCUGGAGGCGGCAGCCGUGAGCGCAGUGAGCGCUGUGGCCGGCCCGGGACCGACCACACUGACCGUGCCAAACAAACACACAACCUACGUGCACCCAGAAGCAGCACACUUGGCUCUGACUGCCGCCGAUUUAGAGAGAGAAAGGGGUCGUCCAUUGUCCAAAUACGAACGAAACAUGAUGAUAUUCAACUGGCUGCACACGCUCGACGAAGCGGCGCCAUUUUAAUUCUGAUUCUGGUAUUCUGAACGGUAUACUAGACUCUGGAAUGUAUUCUAGGCCGUUUACCCGAUUCUGGAAUGUAUUCUAGUCGGUAUACUCGAUUCUUGGAUGUAUUCUACGUUGCGGACAGUAUUUUUUGUUUGUUAUUUUCAGUGUUUUAUGGAAUACGUGCCCGAUUGUAUUAUUUUUAUAUCGUGUUAGUAGCGUUCUGGUAUAAUAAUUAUAAUAUGUAGAAUACAGAACAGAAUGUUUUCAGUAUUCUAUAUUAUGGAUGUCGUGUUGUGUAUAAAAGCGCCUAGUUCUAUAAUAUUCUAAUUAAUAAAUUCGUAUAAAAUAGAUUACUUACUAUAGACUAUUUUUGAUUUAGAAUAUUCUGUUUGUUCCUAAAAACCACUGUUGGAAUAUAUUAUGAUUAUAUUAUUUGAUUCUGGAAUGUAUUCUGACAUAUUCUGGACAGUAUUCUUGCUUCUGAAUAUCAUUUUUAAUUUAUUGAAAUAUUAAUUUGAUAACAGAUUUAAAAUGAUUUUUUUAAAGAUGUUAUUUAAUCGUCCUGCUGUGAUUAUGGUAAUAUUUAAUUUAAUACAAUAUUUUAUCUGUAGCUCAAAU